ACGUUGUGUUUUGCGCCGUCUUCCGUGUAGCUCGUGCGAUGACAUUAGCUAACCUAAUGUUUUAGUUAGUUUCGGUUUCAGCCUAAGUGCACUGAUAUACCUACUUAUUUAACUGUUAGCUACUCACGUACAUUGUAACCAUGUUUUCUCAGCACUGAAGACUGAAUUUGUGUUGUUGUCCAAUGCAGAUGUCUCAUAGUGGAUCCUCCUGUACGACCUCUCGCAUAAAAAAACCUUUGGUGGGUGUGGGUGGAAGAACCAAUAAUGGAAGAGAUGGCUCUGCUGACAAAGACGCUAAAUUUGCGAGCAAUGUCAGUCGAGACAGACGUGUGAGGGAGCAAGCGGUAAAGCAGGUAGGACUCACCAGCACCACCUUCAUCGGUCCAGCGUUUCCUCCUCCAAAAUCCAAAAAGGUCAAGUCUGACAUUGAAGAUACACUGAGUGAGUUUUACAAAGAGCUUGAGAAGAUUGAUGCACCUGAUGGUCAACCACCCAUAACUCCCAAAACACCUACAAGCAAACACACUCAGGACGUAAGCGAGGAAAAAGAUGUUUACACAAGCAGUCAUGCGGGAACAGAGGGCUUCCAGAAAAACAGUGGGCAGAAUCAGCCGUCCUGGUCCCACUGGUAUCAGAACGAGCCAUACCACCCUAGAAGACUGAGGCCAGCUGCUCCUGCUCAAAACCAAUGGCAUAACCCUCAAACGUUGAACAGACCACCAAACACAAGAUUUCACAGACCCCCAUUCCAUCGCCCACCACACCCAAAUGCAUUCCCAAAUCCACAAAACCCACCAUCCACCGCAAGUCCAAACUGGAGCGGUUCAGGCCCGACAAACCAGCACCAAGAGGAGUUUCCAACAUUUUCUAGCUUUCCACCUCCAAAUGUAUGCAGUCACCCCUCUCAGGGCUUUUAUGGAGAUUCUCCACACCGGUUUGACAGGGACGAACGGCGUAGCUAUGACCGGCACUCGGAUGAUGUAAAUGUUGGUAGAGAAGAAGAAUCGUGUCACUUUGUUGAAGAUUAUGACAGAUCCCAGAGAUACGACUCAGAAAAUGAACCGUGGGAGCAUCCUUGCCGACCUCCUGCCAACACUAAUGCAUUCCAUUCUUCCUUGGUGCUGAUCUUGAUGAGGGGAUUACCCGGAUCUGGGAAAUCAACACUGGCCAGGGAGCGGCUCUUCGCUGGUCCCAACGGGCUGAUACUGAGCACAGAUGACUACUUUGCUUACAGAGACGGGUACCGCUAUGACCCAGGCCUUCUCGGUGCAGCGCAUGAAUGGAACCAGAACAGAGCUAAAGAUGCUAUGCAUGAUGGCCGAUCUCCCAUUAUUGUUGACAAUACAAAUGUCCAAGCCUGGGAAAUGAAGCCAUACGUCCAAAUGGCCCUAGAGAGAGGAUACAAAGUGGACUUUUGUGAACCUGACACCAGCUGGAAGUUUGAUCUUUAUGAGCUGGAGAAGAGGAACAAGCACGGUGUCCCACAGGAGAAGAUCGCACGGAUGAGGGAUCGUUUUUCAUUUCCAAUAUCUGUGGACAUUGUCAUGAGUUCACAAGAGCCCGCUCACGUGAACCAGAGGCAGCGACCAGAGCAGCCACAGGCGAUGACGAAGGACCGAGACUUCCGUUAGUUUUUCACAGGAACUUAACCAGCGAAAUAAUUUGCCUCGAAGAACAAAACCUUUGUAAUGGAGUAAAUAUUGUUAGCUACUCUUUCUACGGGAUUUUUUUUAAUCAUUUUUUAAAAUAUUGUAAAUGAAUGUAAAGGCAGAAGAAAUCUAUUUUUUCUGGAGGGAUUUUCAUAAUUAAAUUUUUACAAGUCUGCUUUAUUUUUGUAUUUAAUAAUUGGUAUUUCAGACGUGUCCCUUUUGCAGAUUGUGUGUUAUGUACAAAAAGCAACAAUAUGGAAAACCAUCUGCCUCGAAAUCAGCAGAGGAACUGCUACAAAGUUGUUUUCUGGUAAACCACAAGUUUCGUAGUUAAUUUACCUCUUUGGUUGUGCCAAAAUGGUUCUUUAAGGCGAGGACUUGUUUUUUGCAUAAGGCCUGUAAGGGGCACUGAAAGGCCAUUUUCCAUUCGUCUCCCAGGAAGUGCCAAAUAUCCGAACAUUAAAAGCAUGCAGGAGUGUGUUGUGUAUUGUGGUAUAUAUACACUUAUAGUACACUGUAGUGCUGCCGCCACGCUUGGAAAAGGGAGGGUUGAACGGAGGAGAGCUCUGUGUCUGAUGGCAUUCAUGACUGUGUCUUGCCGGAGAUCACAUUUUGCCUUUGUAUUCCCUCUGGUGUUCAUAAAAGCAACACACUUCAUGUGUUGUUUCAAUCAGUGAAGUCCUCCGGAGAGAUAGGAAUCAUUUAUCUGUGUUUACUCAAACUCAUGUCUCCAUCCGGGCAUGAAAUUAUGAUCCCGUUGGUUUGGAAUUCUACACAAUAGAUGGUAGUUAAGAGAAGUUGUUAACCACGUUGAACACCAGUGUUUCAUCGUUCAUGUUUUUCAUGUGACAGAUCUGGGUUACCUUUACUGUCCUCCGCUCCACUAUUUCAUGUCUAAAAAUAGAAAGAAGGAUAAGAACACUGACAGUGGGGUGCACGUGAGUGGAGGCUUGAAACACUAACAGAAUGCGGUGGACAAAAUAACAGAAACAUCUUAAGUUAUUAGCUGUGAGUCAAUUUGAUGAAGCUCAUUAUUUUUGGUUUUUGUUGAUCCUGUCCAUGGUCAUUUUGAGUCUGUAGAUCGUAUUGUUGUCAAGCAGAUAUGCUUGUUAAAGUCUCAUUUAGUCUGAUGGUGAGGGUCUGCUGUUUCAUUGUUUUGUCUCAUGUCGUGAUGUUUUAGACUUCCAACUGCCACGUUAUUUAAUUUAGCAGCAGUUUUCCAGUCAAUGUGAUAUUCGGUGCCCUUACAUUGUUCUGUAUCGUAUGCUAUUUAUAUUAAUUCAUCCCUCUCCUGUUGAACAGACACACACACACACAGAUUUCAGCAGCUCUUUCAUCUUGCCAGCUGUGCAUUUUUCCGUUGGACUUUGUGCUGUUUGGUUUUGAAGGUUUUUCACAUCCCAGAAGCUGUGAUUGAGGAUCUUGAAGUGGCUUUUCCUUCAUAAUAACAAUGGAAGUUAAGUUUGGUAACCCUUCAGGAAUUGUAAACAUGCCUCUUGACACAUAGAUGACUCAGAUUGCAGUAUGCAAUGUACCGUUGUCCACAGCUUCCUGUCUCUUCUCCGGAGGUUUAUUUACACAGCGCUGACCUUCAUCGACAGUAUCCAGAGCUAAUGUGCAAGACACCUGUUAGUGGUUAAGGAAAUAAUGUGAAUCACAGCUUUUUCUGCAGUUUAUGUGUAUCAAUGUUUGGGAUAAAUGACUUGGGAACAGGUAAACAAAGUACAAAACUACUGAAUUGAUGAUAUUUGAAUCAAAGAAAGGGCCGUUUUAUUUUGACUGAGGGUGAGGUCAUGAGAGCAUUUUGUUUAACUGAUUACAAUCAGUAAGGAAAAUCCAAUUAGUGCGUAAAGGGUUGCAAUAGAGUAUGCAUGGUAAAAUUAUGAAGAGAGAGAUGCAAGGAAAGAUGAAAGAAAACAGACGCAAGCGUGGUAUGUCCACAUUUGUACUUGAGUAAAUAAAAGCUGAUGAGAUCUUGGUAAAUAGACUUUCAGUAGAUAUAAAGGCUCAGCUGUUUAGUGAGAUCUCCCUGAGAUAGUGGUGACCUGGUGUAAGAUAACCAAUGUGGAGGCAGUUUUAAAGGAGCUUUUAACCGGGUUUAUGUCCCUCAUGUGGAUGGCAGUGCCUCCCUUUCUCCAAUUAGCAGUUUGAGUCAUUGAGUGGUGCUGAUGGAUCUCUUUUCCAGUCUGGAGCAAUAAAAGAGAUCCAUCAGUAAGCGAGAAGGACUGAGGGACGUUGACUACAAUUAGUCCCAACUCGUUUUGCAGUGACAGACUUUAAAGACGAUGUGGUUUAUAUGUGUUGGUGUAUAUAACCGUGCCCCUCAUAGACAUUCCCGAGGCUUUGUUGGCUCCAUCUCUCUGGUUAGAAUAUAUAAUGGAGAAUGAAACAAUCUAUUUGUGAUCUAAACCUGAGCCAACACAGAAUACUGUUUGACCGAAGACGGA